GCCCCCGCUGGCCGCUGACAGCCCGCGGCCGAGGCCGAGCGGAGUCCCCACUCCGGCCGCAGCUGGAGGGACAGCCGGAAGAAAAUCCAAGGCACCACCUCCUCCGUCUGAAACAAAAUCCAUUCCUGUUUCUCCAUUUGAUAACACAGAGCCAACCAACCUCAUAAUGGAACAGAAAGAGAAUGUAAUCGAUAAAGAUAUUGAAUUAUCAGUGGUCCUGCCAGGAGAUGUGAUCAAGUACACCACAGUGAAUGGGAGGAAGCCCAUGAUGGACUUGCUGAUCUUUCUCUGUGCACAGUAUCAUUUAAAUCCAUCAAGUUAUACCAUAGAGUUGGUAUCAGCAGAAAAUACCCAGAUUAAAUUCAAACCCAACACACCAGUGGGAAUGCUUGAAGUAGAAAAGGUGAUUGUAAAGGCAAAACAAAUGGAUAAGAAGAAACCUGCUCCAGUUAUACCAGAGCAAACAGUAAGGGUAGUGAUAAACUACAAGAAGACACAGAAAACAGUAGUAAGAGUUAGUCCACAUUCACCACUUCAAGAACUCAUAUCAAUUAUAUGCAGCAAAUGUGAGUUUGAUCCUUCACAUACUCUGCUACUGAGGAGUUACCAGUCUCAAGAACCCCUUGAUAUGACAAAAUCUCUUAAUGACCUUGGACUAAGAGAACUGUAUGCCAUGGAUGUCAGUCAAGCCACAUCACCAGUUGAUUUAAAUUUACCAACUUUUCAAGGGUCCUACCAAUCUGAAAACAUAGAUGUUCUGAAGGAGAAAGAAAACAAAGGAUUUUUCAGCUUUUUCCAACGAAACAAGAAGAAAAGAGAACAAGCUGCCAGUGCCCCAGCAACUCCCCUGAUGAGCAAGCCGAGGCCGGCGUUGCUCGCGAGGGGCAGCGCUGGCAGCAGGCAGUACGACUGCAGCACGCUGCCGCCCGAGAUGCCCAAGAAGCGCCGGGCGCCGCUGCCACCCCUGCCCAGCUCCCAGAGCGCCCCCCAGGAGCUCGCCCGAGCCCAGGGCACGGCUGCGCCCGACAUGGUGAAAUCCAACAGCUUUGGCAGGAGUGAACAGGCCGCGGUGGGCUUGGUGCGGAAGGGCUCCCUGCCGCUCAGCGCAAGGCGCCCGAGCCGCCCUCCAGAGCGCCCGGAGAUCAAAGGGAAAGCAGUAAUGAGCCUGUAACAGAGUCAACAGAAUCAGCCUCCACUAAAGUGGAAGGAAGAGCCACUGAAAUGCAGCCUGAAACAGAUGUAAGGAGCUCAGAAUACAACCUGGAGGAGAUUGAUGAAAGGGAGGAGAUAGGUGUGCAACAGGGAGGGGACAGUGGAAGCACCAACACCUCUCCUGGGACAGGAGAUGUUACUGCAGCCUUCAGCUCUGCUGAGGUAUCACUGGGAAGUGACAAAAAUGAUCCUGCUUCAUCAGCUCCUGCUCCUGGCAGUGUUCCCACAGACAACGCGCAAAGCUUCGAGGAAGAAAAACAAGAAAAUAUGAGCACAGAUGGCAAGGGACUACAGACUGAAAUAAGCAGCGAGGAUGCUGGAUUUCAAACAGAUAGGAAGCUUGAAAUUUUAGAUCAAAAUAAAAAUGUUGAUCACAGUGAUACAAAACUCCUUCCAACAACAGAAGAAGGAAAAGAACUUCAGCCAGCCGAAAUUAAAACAGUCGAUUUUCAAGAGAAUAACAAGCUUGAAAUUGACAGACUAUCAAACUGCCAGGCAUGUAAAAAUGACAUCUCUGUAAAUCAUAGGAAUUAUCCUCCACUGAUUUCAGAAAAACAAGAUGGCAAAACAAAUGCAACUGGCUUGGAAACAGUAAAAACUCAGGAUGUUGGAAUCCAGACUUUGGAUAGCAAUUUGGGAAGGACUGAGCAGAAGGAAAUUACUGUUCCUCAGGGUGUCGAAUCAUCCACAUUUAGAGAACUGGUUCCUCAACACAACAGAGAUAAGAACAACUCCCUUGCUCAAGUGAUGCAUGGAAUGCAUCAAGAGAGUGAAGAUACUUCAAUAGAACAAAAUCUUGAGACACAAGAAGUUACUCAUAAAAAAGUAAUUCCAAUAAAAGACCAGAGUCACAUCUAUAUAAAUGGCAGUGAUUUUGCUUCACCAGAAACAACUGCUGAAACUCCAGGUGACUCUCCUGUAAAAGAUCAGCCUUUUUAUAGACCGGACACCAAACCUAAACCCAAACCUGCUAAUGAAAUUACAAGGGAUUACAUACCAAAAAUUGGGAUGACUACUUAUAAGAUAGUUCCUCCAAAAUUCUUAGAAAUGAUGAAGAGUUGGGAAUCAGAAGUUCUAUCAGAUCAUAAGGAUCAAGAGGUAUCUUCUUUGGAAGAGCCCAAAGAAGUCAUAGUGCAAACUGAAAUUCCUCAUCUGUCAAAAAGUGUGGGUCCUUUACAGGUUGGGUCACAAAAUGAAUCUGCAGCAGCAAAUGGUCUGCUGCAGAGAGUGAACAGCAUUUCUGAGCAUACUGUGACCUCUGGAGCUGAGAUUGCUACCAAGAGCAACCAGAUGGAAAGUGAGUCUUUCAGGCAGCCUGUCCCACUGAAGCUAAACUUGGAUAAUACAAAUGCUUCUUCUGAGACUCAGGACAAGUCAAAUGCAUUAAGCCCAUUAAGUCCUACAAUGAAGCCUAGUUCUUUUUAUCUGCAGAUGCAGCGAAGAGCGUCAGGUCACUAUGUGACAUCUGCAGUUGCCAGAAGCACAGUUUGUGCUCCUAAUUCAAUUCAAAAUGAAGUUAAGAAUACAGAGAUGGGAAAAAAAAUCUCAUCACCUGAUUUGACUGCUUUGCCUUUACCAAAAACAACUAUUCCCUCUCCUCCUGCAGAUCAAGAAAAAGUUGAUGAUGGAAAAAUCAUUGAACCUUCCACUUCUCCUGUUAAAAGCAAUAAGCCUUUAAAUGUUCCCUCCUGUCCUCCAGCACCACUGAAUCUAAAAACUCUCAGAAAUUUUGCAGUUCCAAAGCCAUACUCCAGCUCAAGACCAUCUCCUUUUGCUCUUGCUGUCUCAUCUGCCGUCAAAAGGUCACAAUCAUUCAACAAAACGCGUACAAUCACUAGCCAGGCACCCAGAGAGGAAUUUCCAGUAGAACUCUCCUCUGUCCCUUUGGCAGCUGGAUUCUCCUCAGCUACCUCCAUGCCUGAAGUGAAAAGUCCUUCCUUACAGACCAUAACAGCGGGGUCACAAAAUUGUCUAAUGGAUAAGAAAGACAGCCAUGUGCACAGUGAGCAGAAGAGUCAGGCGCAGUCAGGUGCUUCCCCUGGCCACCCACGCCCUGUCACCAAGAGACAAACGGCGGUGACGCUCCCGCGCGCUGACCCCGAGCAGAUCCACCAGAGCCUGCUGGCUGCAAUCCGCUCUGGAGAGGCUGCUGCCAGAUUGAAAAGGGUUGGUCCUCCAUCAAACACCAUAGCUGUCAAUGGAAGAGCCAGGCUUAAUCCUUUGUAUUCCACAGAAGCUAAGGCUAAUCCCUAGAUAUUAUACCAAAUGUUUUGCACUUUACUACUGCUUCUUAGGCCAACUUAAUACUAACUACAAAUUUUUGAAAGUGUAAAUGCGAGUAUAUGUUAAUAUAUUUUUGUCAACGGUAAUAACAAUUUCAAGCUGGGUCUUUUGAUGCCUUGAAAAGAUUAUUAGAAUAUGUAAAUUAUAGUAAUAUUUUGCCUUUUUAUCUUUAUAAAGCUGACUGUGCUGCUAAAAUGUUUUAAGACAAGGUGUAGGUGAGCUUUGCUUAUGAUAGAAUGAGAAUUGAAGAUUGUUGAUUUUAGCCUUCAAGACUGAACAAUGUGUAGCACUGUGCUGAAAUUACAGAUUGGAAGAGACCUAAAAGGUUUAGAUUAAAUAAUUAAUUUUCGACUGUGUAUUACUUUAACAGAUUGUAUGAACUUAAAUAUACCACAUGCUGCCUCCAUAUUACUUUAUUAAAUUAAAAUUGUAAUUAGUAGAAAUCUUAAUUCAAUGCAAUACUUUGUUCCUGUCUAAAAAAAAAAAAAAAAAAUGAUGUUUUUGUUCCUUUAGCAGACAGUAAUUGGGAUAUGUAUUUGGAUUUUUUUUUUACCUUCCUGUAAUUGUUUUUCCUGAUAGCACACACACAAAAUUCAGGACAUAAAUUAUUGGAAACUUUUGUACUACUCAUAACCUUUUCUUAACAGUAGUGUGACAUGAUGUUUCUCAACUACUGUUUAAAUAUCUGUAUAGAAUAUUUACCUAGCACUCAGAUAAGCAAUAAUUUUUGUGAACUAAUUAUAUCUUUAAGUAACCAUCAACUUAGAGUCACUUACUAAUAAAAAACAAAUUCCAGUUUUGAUACCUAAUGAAAUAGAAUAUUUUUUUCACUAGAAGUAUAACUAAAAAAUGAACUGCUUUGGACUUAUUAAUAUAAGAUAUUUCAAUCUUAAAAUAGCACAAAACCACAUAAAUCAUGCUUAUGUCAGAUAUCAUAUUUAUAGAUUAAGCAUUAAAUACAAAAAUAGGAAUAUCUAUUAAAAGAAAAUGUUCGAUGUUAUAUUUUAUCUAUUUUGAGUUUUUUCGCCAAGAUUAUACAUUUUGGGGGAGGGGUGGAAAAAUGAUCACAUUCAUGAUGAAAUAGCUACAUUAUGGAUGAAUGCAGCUAGUCCUGGGGUAUUUGCCAUAUUAAAAUAUUUUUGUGCUGGACUUGAUUUAAAAUUAAGCAAUUGUAUUUAGUUUCUGUUCUCUAACUAUAUAUAUAUAUGUAUUGUAUUUUAGAAACAUUAUGUAACUCAGUUUCAGAAACUGAUCUAUAUGUGCAUUUUCAAAUUGUUUGCUGCCAGGUUUUUGUGCAAUAAUCUGAAAGAGGUCUAAUUACUUUUCUAGUACAGAGUCAAUUACCAAUUACAAGUUAUGGUGUUAACUUAAUGCUGAACCCCUUUAAGGAAUAUUUUAGUAAAUAGAAAUUCAUAAAGAGAUCUGAAGAACAUUUUUUUUCAUUGCUGUUCUCUCCUGUUUUCUCUCCUGUAUUUUAGUCCCUUGUCAAUGGUGUUACAACUUCCAAUGUGUUACCACUUCCUUGUUCUUCCCUCCAAUCCAGAGUUCAUUCUGAGUGUGGGGGAAGCUCACAUGGUAGUUCAAUAGAUCUGUUUCAGGGUCUGACUGCAAAAGAAAGUUUCAACCUUCACUUGAAAAUAGUGAGAUAAAAGAUAUAGGGGCUUUUCUAGUUUCUAACUGGGACUUACAUUCUGGAUUUCACGGUGUCUUGAGGGACUUGAAAAUUGUAACUUGCUCCCUGGAUUGUAGUCUGUGCUCAUUGUGCUAUUUGAAGUCUGUGUUUUAGGCAUUCCUAUACACCAUGCUGAUCUUAAACUGCCAGAGAAGGGGUUGCAUUGUGAAAGGGUCUUUUCCUUGUACUUUGAGUGUGUGGGAGUUAGAGGUUUUUUUACAAAUGUUGGUAUUCUCUGCCAAGGUGACCAAAGUUAUUUAAUAAAAUAAUUUUAAUCUCCAUCUGUGCUAAUACAAAUAUAUAUGAUGUUUCACUUUUUCAAAAAAAUCAGCAUUGUCCAAUUUCUUAUUUUGGGGAAAGUUCAAAUAACUAUACUUUGUUCUUUUCUUUAGUUUUGACAGCAAAACUGUACUACUGUAUGUUUCUUAGUCCCAUAUAUUAAAAAUAAACAUGUGAACUCCUGAAGGCAAAUAUCAUCUGAUGUAACAGAGAUUAAAACCACCUUGCUUGAAUUUUAGGGUUUCUUCUUUGUGUAACUGAACUUGCUUGAUAACUAACUGAAAUGUCUACACAUGCUAUAGUACUGUGAAACUCUUCAAUGAGACUUGUGACUAGCUGGCAAUUCUGUUUAGCUAAACUUUCUCUUUCCCUCUUCUUCCAACAUGUAUAUGUAAGACAUUUUUAAAUCUUGCUAUUGUAUUUCUACAGAUGCUUUUUUUUCUUACACUCUUUUAUUAAAGUCUACUAGAGAAACUCUUA